AUGGCCUCCGAAACCAAACCGCCGCUGCCGCCUUUCACAUCCGAAACGGCCAAGGUAAAAGUCAAAGCAGCGCAGGAUGCUUGGAACACAAGAAAUCCCCAAGUUGUCAAGAUGGCCUAUACACCAGACUCCAUCUGGCGGAACAGGGACGAGUUCCUUACCGGGAGGGACGCAAUUGGGGAGUUCCUAACCAAGAAAUGGGCCAAAGAGAGCGGCUACAAGCUGAGAAAGGAGUUGUUUGCUUUCAGCGACAACAAGAUUGCCGUGCAGUUUUGGUACGAGUGGCAUGAUGAGGACGGCAGGUGGUUCCGGACCUAUGGCUUGGAGGACUGGACUUUUGCGGACAAUGGUCUCAUGCGCAAGCGGCAGAUGAGUGGCAAUGACGUUGAGAUUUCCGAUGAUGAACGAUGGUUCAAGGAUGGGGUUGACGUCAAUGCGGUGCAGAUUAGUGAGAAACAUUGGUGA